UGCAGAUCAUUCUACUGGCACUAACAGUCCUCUGGGCUGCAGCACAGACUCCACCAUGCAGAAUACUGGGGAGGGCAGCCAAGCCCAGCUUCUAUCAACAUGGAGACAUCAACAUCGGUGGGGUCUUUGCCCUCCAUGGUGAAACCAGGAAAAUGAGCCUGCAAUUCACAAAGACACCAGAGCCAAGGAAAUGUGUACGAGUUAAUUUCAGAGGAUACCGAGAGGCCCAGACCAUGAUUUUUACCAUUGAAGAAAUAAACAACAGAACUGACCUCCUGCCCGGUGUAUCUCUUGGAUAUAAGAUACACGAUUCAUGUGCCUCUCCAAUAUUCGCUUCAAGAGCAGCCAUGACUAUGAUGAACGGUUAUGAGGAAACACUGUCUGACACAUCAUGUUCCACACCACCAGCAAUACAGGCCAUUAUCGGGGAAACCACUUCAACUAAUUCCAUUGCAAUUGCAUCAACCGUUGGAUUAUUUCAAAUUCCAGUGAUCAGUCACUUUGCAACAUGUGCAUGCCUGAGCAACAGAAAAGUAUUCCCCACGUUCUUCAGAACCAUUCCCAGUGACUAUUACCAGAGCAGAGCACUGGCUCAGCUGGUGAAGCACUUUGGCUGGACCUGGAUAGGAGCAGUGAGAAGUGAUGAUGACUAUGGCAACAACGGAAUGGCCACGUUUAUAAAAGCUGCUGAAGAGCAUGGCAUCUGCAUUGAGUAUUCUGAGAAAUUUCACACAACAGAACCAGAGAAAUUACAUAAGGUUAUAGAUGUUAUCAAAAGAGGCACUGCAAAGGUAGUGGUAGCAUUUUUUGCUCAUGUUGAGAUGAAGAUUUUACUAGAACAGCUGACCCUUCAGAAUAUUACAGGUCUUCAGAUGGUUGGCAGUGAAGGCUGGAUAACAGCAAGCAGUCUAGUGACACCUACAAGUUUCAGCAUACUGGGAGGAUCUAUUGCGUUUGCUGUUACCCAAGGCAAAAUAAAUGGCCUCAGAGAAUUUCUAUUAAAACUUCAUCCAUCAGAACAGCCAGGAAACCUUGCUGUUGUAGAAUUUUGGGAAACUCUGUUUCAGUGCUCCCUUAUAAAUGAAAACAAUCUAACAGACAUCAACCUCUGCACUGGAUCUGAGAGCUUGAUUGAACAGGAAAAUGAAUACACUGAUGUAUCAGAGCAGAGAAUCCCCAACAAUGUUUACAAAGCAGUAUACGCUGUUGCUCAUUCUCUACAUGACCUGCUGGCAUGUACACCUCAUCAAGGCUGUACAAACAGUGUGAAUACAGAGCCCUGGCAGCUUCUUAGGGCUCUGAAAAAUGUAAAUUUCACUUUGGAAACUGGAGAGCAAGUCUCUUUUGACAGUAAUGGAGACCCUGUAGCCAGAUAUGAGGUGGUGAACUGGCAGCUUGGUCCUGAUGGUGCAGUAGAGUUCAGAGUGGUCGGCUACUAUGAUGCUUCUUUACCAUCUGGGAAGCAGUUUGUGAUGAGUCCUGUUAGUAUGGUUUGGGCAGGUGGGCAAAAAGAGAAACCCAGGUCAGUGUGCAGUGAGAGCUGUCCCCCAGGCACCCGGAAGGUCAUGCAGAGAGGAAGGCCUGUCUGCUGCUAUGACUGUGUGCCCUGUGCUGAGGGAGAAAUCAGCAAUAUUACAGAUUCUAAUGACUGUAUUCAGUGUAUGGAAGAAUACUGGCCUAAUGCUAAAAGAAAUGAAUGUGUUUUAAAGACUGUUGAAUUUUUGUCCUUUGAAGAAAUUAUCGGAAUAAUGUUUGUUGUUUUUUCCAUAUUUGGAACGUGUUUUACUGCAUUUGUGGCUGUGUUGUUCUUUAUAAAGAAGGACACACCCAUUGUGAAAGCCAACAACUCAGAGCUGAGCUUCCUGCUCCUCUUUUCAUUGAAACUGUGUUUCCUUUGCUCUCUUACCUUCAUCGGCCGGCCCACUGAGUGGUCCUGUAUGCUGCGUCACACUGCUUUUGGGAUCACCUUUGUCCUCUGCAUCUCUUGUGUUCUGGGGAAAACAAUAGUGGUGUUAAUGGCUUUCAGGGCUACACUUCCAGGCAGUAAUGUGAUGAAGUGGUUUGGGCCUCCGCAGCAGAGACUGAGUGUUCUAGCUUUCACUCUCAUACAGGUCCUUAUUUGUAUGCUUUGGUUAACAAUAUCCCCUCCUCUCCCCAACAAGAACAUGAAGCACUACAAAGAAAAGAUCAUUCUAGAAUGUGAAAUAGGAUCAGCAGUGGGGUUCUGGGCUGUACUGGGUUAUAUUGGGCUCCUCUCUCUACUGUGCUUUGUUUUAGCUUUUCUUGCUCGUAAGUUGCCUGACAAGUUUAAUGAAGCCAAAUUCAUCACAUUCAGCAUGCUCAUAUUCUGUGCAGUCUGGAUCACUUUUAUACCAGCUUAUGUCAGCUCACCUGGAAAGUUCACUGUAGCUGUGGAGAUUUUUGCUAUUUUAGCAUCUAGUUUUGGCUUGUUAUUCUGUAUCUUCCUUCCAAAAUGUUAUAUAAUGUUAUUCAGACCUGAGCAAAAUACGAGAAAGCAUAUAAUGGGUAAAACAGAUGUGAAAUCUCAGUGAUUACCUGCGCCAUUUCAUACCCGAGUGAAUUUUUAUAUGAUACUGGACCACAGAGUAAUAGUAUGUGAAAUAAGUGCAAUGACAUCUUCCCGUCAUACGUUU